UCUCCGUCCCCAGACACCUACAUUCAGAAGACGAAGAAGUCGUUUAUGGACAGCCGCGCGCGCCGCAACCUGAACAACAUCCACGGAGAGCUGAAUGACGUACAGCGGAUUAUGAUGGAGAACAUUGACGAUGUCCUGCAGCGCGGAGCACAGCUCUCGGAUCUGGACACCAAAGCCAGCGGCCUGUCUAUAAUGUCUCAGAAGUACCGGAAGGACGCGCGGAACCUAAACAUGCGCAGCUUCUACGCUAAGGUGGCUGCCGGCGGUGUAUGCGCCCUCGUCUUCAUCCUCUACUUCUGGGUUCUCUAGUGGCUUAUUCCGGUUCAGACCGGAUCGUUCCGGCCCGGUACGGUUUGUACUGGAUCACGCCGGUUGCACCGCGUCAUCCAGAUGCUUUCGGCGUCAAAGACGCGGCGUUCGCGGCUCGCUGUCGCGCCGGCCGGUGAUGGUUUCGUGGCUUGGGGUUGGUCGUUCGCUGCCAUCGCUGACAGUGUGCCCCGAGCUCGAACAGCCUUGUAAUUCCAGCGCGGCGCAUCGCCGCCCAAUUGUGUUAUCUGUGCUAUUGGUUGCGGGGUUGAACGCGACGCCCGAUGGACGUCCAAAGUCUGCGCUCGUCGUCGCCGCGAGUUAUUGGCACUGAGAGAAUGCGCCGGCGGCGACCGGGGACGAAAAAUAGCAGCGGGUACAGACGCCGGCUCCGCUGGCAUUGUCAGCGGUGAGUUUUCCACAGUGUCUGCCGUGAGAGCGAGCGGUGAGAAUGUGAUAGUGUGGUGAGCAGUUGGGGCCCGGGGAAACAGUGCGCGUUGUUCGUCGUUUUCUGAAUCGUAAAAUCUUUUAAAUACUACUGGAAAUAAACAACACGUGAA